AUGUCGAGCGCCGAAGCCAGCACCAGCGCGGACGCAGCUCGUCCAUCCAAGCGCAGCAAGAUGAACGCUCCUGACGCAGAGACCAUUACCAACCCAUAUCUCGCCCACAUGAACGAAGAUGAUGCAUCCACCUCCGCUGCUGCCACCAAUGGCACUCUCGCCGACGACCACCCUCUCGCUGGUCUUAUCCCACGCAAGGUCACUGGUCCACAAGCGCGACAGAUUAUGGAGGGCGAUGUCAACCCCUUCUCCGUAGCACCCAAGCCUUUUUCCAACGAUUACAAGAAGAUCUUGGCAAAGAGGAAGGAGCUUCCCGUCUACGCACAGAUGGACGACUUCUACCAGCUGUUCAAUGACAACCAGAUCAUGGUUAUGAUCGGAGAAACCGGUUCCGGUAAAACCACCCAGAUUCCACAGUUCGUCGCAUACUCGGAUCUGCCCAACACACAAAAGACCAAGGGCGCCGAUGGUAUUCUUGCUCCUCGCAUGAUCGCUUGUACUCAACCGCGUAGGGUUGCUGCCAUGAGCGUUGCCAAGCGUGUCGCGGAAGAGAUGGACGUCCCGCUCGGAAAGGAAGUCGGUUACACCAUUCGUUUCGAGGACGCCACUGACCGUCGCACCACCUUCUUGAAAUACAUGACGGACGGAAUGCUUUUGCGUGAAGCUAUGCACGAUCACAGUCUAUCAUGCUACAGCUGCAUUAUUUUGGACGAGGCGCACGAACGUACGCUUGCCACCGAUAUUCUCAUGGGCUUGCUAAAGGAAGUUGUCCAGCGAAGAUCGGAUCUCAAGCUCAUUGUCAUGUCAGCCACCCUCGAUGCUCUCAAGUUCCAGAAGUACUUUAACGAUGCCCCUCUGCUCAAGGUGCCCGGUCGAACCUUCCCUGUCGAGACCUUCUACACGCCCGAACCCGAGCCAGACUACCUCGAAGCCGCCAUUCGCACUGUCAUAAUGAUUCACCAGGCAGAAGACGCUGGUGAUAUCCUCGUCUUCUUGACCGGUGAGGAGGAGAUCGAAGACGCUUGUCGAAAGAUCAAGGCAGAGGCCGAUGAUUUGGCUGCUACCAACCCUGAUCUCUGUGGUCCUCUCAAGGUGGUGCCGCUCUACUCGUCACUCCCUCCAGCACAGCAGCAGCGCAUCUUCGAUCCUGCACCAGCACCUCUCACUCCUAAUGGUCCUCCCGGACGCAAAGUUGUUGUUAGCACCAACAUUGCCGAGACAUCAUUGACGAUCGAUGGUAUCGUCUACGUGGUGGACCCGGGUUUCAGCAAGCAGAAGGUGUACAACCCGCGUAUCCGUGUCGAGUCGCUGCUGGUGACGCCCAUUUCCAAAGCUUCGGCACAGCAGCGUGCGGGUCGUGCUGGACGUACACGUCCAGGCAAGUGCUUCAGGCUGUACACGGAGAAGGAUUGGGCCAACGAGUUGAUCGAGCAGAGCUAUCCCGAAAUCUUGCGAAGCAACCUCGCCAACACCGUGCUCGAGCUCAAGAAGCUUGGCAUCUCGAACUUGGUCACAUUCGACUACAUGGAUCCACCUGCUCCGGAGACCAUCAUGCGUGCGCUCGAACUGCUCAACUACCUUGCUGCCUUCGAUGACGUGGGCAACUUGACACCGCUGGGUGAAAUCAUGGCUGACUUCCCUCUUGACCCUCAAUUGGCAAAGAUGCUGAUUGUCAGUCCCGAGUUCAAGUGCUCGAACGAGAUCUUGACCAUCGCUGCCAUGCUUUCGGUGCCCAACGUCUUUGUUCGACCCAACUCGCAGAAGCAACAGGCCGACGCUGCACAGGCUGAGUUCGCUCACCCUGACGGCGAUCACCUCACCUUGCUCAACGUCUACCAUGCCUACAAGACCAACUGCCGUGAUAACAAGACCGCUGCAGACUGGUGCUGGCAGAACUACCUUUCGCAUCGUGCACUUAUGCAAGCCGACAACGUCCGUUCGCAGCUGCAGCGUCUGAUGGAGCGUCACAACCUCGACCUGGUCUCGACACCUUUCGAGGACAAGAGGUACUACACCAACAUCCAGAUGGCCAUCGCUUGUGGAUUCUUCAUGCAGGUCGCCCACCGUGCUGGAGGCAACAAGAAGGUUUUCACCACGAUCAAGGACAACCAGGUUGUCUCGCCUCACCCAUCUUCGACGCUCGAUCACGCUGCCGAAUUUGUUAUCUACCACGAAUUUGUGCUCACCACGCGCAACUUUAUCCGUACUAUCACCGAGGUCAAGCCCGAAUGGCUGUAUGACUUUGCACCCGCCUACUUUGAUCCCAACAACAUGGACGGAGAGGUGAAGCGUAUCAUGAGCGCUCUCAAAUCUCGCAAGGAGAAGGGUCCCUCCAGUUCAUCCAAGCGCAGGUAA